GAGGGAUUGGCCCAGGCGGGUCUCGGAGCGCCGAGGCCGCACCCUCCCAGAGCAAGGCGGAAGUUGCCCGACGCCGUGGGGCGGAGGCGGGAGAGGCGAGGGUGGCGAUGAGUGGGCUCGGCAGACUCUUCGGGAGGGGGAAGAAGGAGAAGGGGCCAACCCCUGAAGAGGCAAUACAGAAACUGAAGGAGACAGAGAAGAUACUGAUCAAGAAACAGGAGUUUCUGGAGCAGAAGAUUCAACAGGAGCUACAAAUGGCCAAGAAGCAUGGGAUCAAGAAUAAGAGAGCCGCCCUACAGGCUUUGCGGAGGAAGAAAAGAUUGGAACAACAGCUGGCACAAACCGAUGGGACAUUAUCCACCCUGGAGUUUCAGCGUGAGGCCAUCGAGAAUGCCACCACCAAUGCAGAAGUGCUUCGUACCAUGGAGCUUGCUGCCCAAGGCAUGAAGAAGGCCUACCAGGACAUGGACAUUGACAAGGUGGAUGAACUGAUGGCUGACAUUACAGAACAACAGGAGGUGGCCCAGCAGAUCUCGGAUGCCAUAUCUCGGCCUGUGGGCUUUGGAGACGUUGUGGAUGAGGAUGAACUGUUGGAAGAGCUAGAGGAGCUGGAGCAGGAGGAAUUGGCCCGGGACUUGUUAACUGUGGGUGACAAGGAGGAAGAACCCCCCAUUGAACUGCCCACUGUACCCUCUACACAUCUGCCUGCAGGACCAGCUCCUGAAGCAGAUGAAGAUGAAGAAGCACUAAAGCAGUUGGCUGAGUGGGUAUCCUGAUAAGUCUGGGCUUGUUUUCCCAGUGCUGCCUUCAUUGGUCUCUUUUCCUUAAGUGCCAAGUGCUAAGCUAAAGGAACAUAGCCUUUUGGGGAGGUCCUGCUGAGGGUGAUAGUGUGACCCUGCCUGAAAAGGGGUUGUCGCCCUCCCCUCCCUGGCUCAACUCUGAAAAAGGACCUUGGUGCGAGAGGAGCCCCUGGGCUCCCUUCUCUGAUAGCAGUUACAGUGCCCUUGUUCCCAAUAAAAUCGGGCAGAUGGAACCAUAGUGCUUAUACUGCCUCGUCUACACCUGAAA